CCAGUGCGGGGGGAGGGGGGUGGGAAGGGGGAGCGGGAAGAGUGAGAAAUCUUCGCCGCUUGUGGGGCUGCUCGCUGCCGCCGGAGAUGAUCCCCGGCCGGGCGAGCCAGCGCUUCCGAGAGCCGGCCAGCGUACGGCGGGCAGGUGGCAGCAGCAGCAAGCACAGCCGGGGCUCCGCGUCAUCUCGCACGUGAAGCCGCCUGAAGGGCGGGCGAAUGACGGCGGCGGCUCACCGGAGCGGCUCAUCCCGCUGAAAGCUCUUCCGAGAGGGACUCCCGGCCGGCAUUCUCUCUCCCUCCCCCUUCGGCACUUUCUCCAUGGCGUCUCCGCAACAGUCCAGGAUUCAGUCUUAUCUGGAGACGAACAAAAUUGGACCGCUGUUUGAGGAGUUGAUGACUAAACUAAUAAGCGAGACCCCCGACCGUCCCAUCCCUUUCCUCAUCGACCACCUCCAGAGCAAGCAGGAUAGCCCGGGAAAGAUGCCCCGAGUGCUCUCCGGGUCGGCGGCGUUGUGGGCUCAGACCUCACCGGAAAGCAAAAACACUCGCCGGGAGCUACGGCAGCACGACAAAUCGUGGCAAUUUCACCCCAGGAAACCCAAGAAGUCCAAAAGCGACCUGGCAGUGUCCAGUUUGUCGCCGCCGUCGCCGGAACACAAGUCGCUGCCUCAGUGUCCGUCGUGGGAUUGGCGGGACAGCCGCGAUUUGGACGAGCUGAACCACAUCCUGCUGGAAAGCAAGAAGCUGGGCCGGGCCCUGGAGAGCCUUUCACGCAGUGAGCGCUCCCUCUCAUUCAGCUUGACACGUACAAGUAGUAAAAAGCAGCAGGAGUCCUUGCUUUGCCGACAAUGUCGCAGUAUCGCCAACUCUGACGACGUCGAUCAGAACUUGGGCGGCUUCAAUCCGGUGUUGCGCCCCCGCGUGGUGGGCGAGUGGACCGGGCGGGCCGAAGAGGACGCCGACCCGCUGGCAGCCGAGAUGCUGCGGCCUCCCGUGCCGCGAGGGAAAAACAACGUUUGCUGGAGUGGUGAUGGCCUACCUCUUGCCAGUUUCAAGAUGGAGCCCAAAGGCCUCAAAGGGCUGAAGGAGCAGCAACAGCAUCACCGCAAACUGCUCGCCGCCAUGUUGGCGCAGGACUCCGUCGGGCCUCUUCGCAGUCCCCCGCCGUCCGUCACCGAAGAUGAGAUGGACGACGACGACGAUGCCAUGGAGCUUCUAGAGGAUCUGGAUGACCUACGAAUGGAAGGCGUGAGCGGUUUGGCCCCGUCCGGCUGCAAGUUCAGUCAGGGCCGCAGCUCCUACCACCCGGAACCUCAGGCCAAAGUCACGCUCAACAUCUGCUCGCGAUGUGCCAGAUUGCAGGGCGACAGCCUCUCCACCAGCAGAUCCCAGGAAACUCCGCGACCUCCUGUAUCCGAACAAGCCGUUCCCGACAUCUCAUCCACGUCGCCCGGGGUGGACACUUUGACGGCGGCGGCGAGACGCUUGCAGGAAUGCGAGGCGGCGUCUCGCGUGUCCACUAGCGCCCGUCAGUCUGUCUGGGACACUGAUGUCAAAGCGAGGAGGACUGGAGGUCUGCUGCUGGGAGACCCCCUCUUCUCCAAGGAGUUGGAGAGCAUGGGCAAGCAGCUAGCUGAGGUGGAGAAGGACUUAGCCAAGCUGGCGGAAGCGGGAAAGUCAUGCAGUCGGAACAACCCGGUCCGGGGCAGUCUCCUUCGGAGCCUCCCUGACACGCUGCCCCUCGCCAGCUUCCUAUGCGGGUCGCGCUCGCCAAGCGGCGGCCUCUCGGGCAAGGCGUGCGGCGCCGGUCUCCCCCCGAUCAGUCCCAGCUCGGCGUCCCCGCGCCCGACCAGGGCUCGCGCCUUCAGCAACCCUGGCAGCAGGACGCACACGCCCGGGACGCCUAACAGCCUGCGCUCGGGCUUCUACGCUCACAAGGAGGCCGGCGGGUUCAGGAGGUCGCGGAGUCGGCCGGUCACGCCCACCGGGCAGCCCGUGUACACCCGGCGCUUGCUAACGCCGCCCGGGCUAAGCACCACCGACAGCCUGGGGGCCAGCCUGAGGGCUUAUUUGUCCGAGGAUGAGUUUUACCAGCAGUUGCAGGCCAUCCGGCAGCCUUGGCACAUCCCCAGCGACACGGAGAGCGACAUCAUGGAGCCUCCCGAGCAGGACAAAAGCGCCAGCAAGAGAUUCCUCUUUUCAGGCCUAUGAAGACAAGCGGCGUCCCCGGUCCGACAAUUAUGCAAGCCGCCGGACAUUUUAAACAAAUUGCGUUAUUUUUCUAAAGCCCUAUGAAUGAGAUUGUAUAUGUUUGUUUUCCACCAAUAUUUCAUAGACUGUUAUGAUAUGAUAUUUUUAUUUUUGGUUUGCUCUUCCGCAUGCUAUGGGACGCCACGCAUGGGUGCACUUUGUGGUUUGACAACCUCUUUCCAAGGCGGCCACAGAUACGACUUAUUUUCCGCCAUAGUGGCAAACCAAAGGGGUUACAAGGCGGCCAUGUUAGUAGGGGCAACGUUCCAAUGACACCAAGUCGUAACUUGCUCAUUUCGCCAACGAUUUUCUUGGUUUACAUUUUACCCAUGGCAAAAUGUGUCUUAGGCGGCCAUGUUAGUAGGGGCAAUGUUCCAAUGGCACCAAGUCGUAACUUGCUCAUUUCUCAAAUGAUUUUCUUAGUUUACAUUUUACCCAAUGGCAAGAUGUGUCUUAGGCGGUCAUGUUGGUAGAGGCAAUGUUCCAAUGACACCAAGUCGUAACUUGCUCAUUUCGCAAACAAUUUUCUUGGUUUACAAAUUACCCGAUGGCAAAAUGUGUUUUAGGCGGCCAUUUUGGUAGGAGCAACGUUCCAAUGACACCAAGUCGUAACUUUCUAUUUUUCACAAACGAUUUUCUUAGUUUACAUUAUACCCAAUGGCAAAAUGUGUCUUAGGCGGCUAUGUUGGUAUGGGCAACGUUCCAAUGACACCGAAUGGUAACUUGUUCAUUUCGCAAACAAUUUUCUUGGUUUACAAAUUACCCGAUGGCAAAAUGUGUCUUAGGCAGCCAUGUUGGUAGGGCAACGUUCCAUUGACACCAAGACGUAACUUGCUCAUUUCGCAACCAAUAAUGAGGUUGACUUUAUUUUCUCCUGGCAAAACAUGUUCUAAGCGGCCGUGUUUGAAGGGGAUACAAGUCGUAACUUGUUCAUUUCGCAACCGAUUUUCGUCAGCUUGACUUUUUUCCAAAUGCCAAAACGCCAAUGGCUUUGAGAAACGUUUGGUGUGCAUUGGCAUCACUCAAAUGAUCUCGACGCGCCCUGAAAGAGGUUUUCAAACGUGUUGUGGAUGAAACAAAAGGAAUGCCCGUAUGUUAAUAAAAGGAUUUGGUGCUCAUCACUUGGCUGCACGAUUCUUUUGUUAGUGGUACAAUCACUCACUGCCUCACAGAAGGUGAUACAAAAUGUGUAUGUGUGCGAGAAAGAGAGAAAAGUAAGGUUAUACUAGUGCUGUUAAAGCGGAAGUUUUAACUCAGUAGAUUUAGGGGCCGUUUACAUUGUGACGGUGCGACACCAAGACGCAGAGAUUGUGUUGCGGAAUGACCAUGGCUUUACACGGUGACUGCAAAAAUGCAAGGCGAAGAUGCAAACUUUCUAUUCCGGCCUCCAAAGAGGAACGAUUCAAUUGCGGGGAUUGGUCAACAACCAUAUGAAUGGGACGCUCUUGCUCGGAUGACGUUAGCACUCUUAUACAUCACUUUGGGCAUGUGCAGUCGCUGCUACUAAACAUUAAAAACAGCAAACAUGGUGGAAAGUCAGCUUGAAUUUACUGUUUUUAUAUUAAUCAAAUUUAUUUUUUGUUCGUGUUUUUGUGCCGUUUGAAGCAAAAGAAAAAAACGCGUGGACUCCAUUGGUUCGAGUGGGCGAGUAUGUUGUCUCCCGGGCUGAGAAGGUUGUUAUCAAGGAAGUGCAUCAUUGGUUGUCGACUUGUAAAACUGCACUGCACCCUAG